AUGUUCACCAAGACUCUCCGUUCCGGACUCAUCACCAAGAAGAAUAUUAUCGGUUUUGCUACUCAACAAGUUAGAAGCAAACAUCAAUUACCAACAUUGGACUAUGCUGUCGAACAAGGUAUUCAUCCAGUUAUUACUGCUCGUCAAUUAGAUUUCCACUACAAUAAGCAUCACAAGACCUAUGUUGAUAAGCUUAACGCAUUGGUUGAAGGUACUUCAUUUGAAUCUCAACCUUUGGAUGCUAUAAUUCAAAAAGUAGCCUAUGAUAGUGACCCAAAGAGUGUUGCCAUCUUCAACAAUGCUGCUCAACAUUUUAAUCACUCCUUCUAUUGGAAAUCAUUGGUUCCAGGUGGUGAUAAGAUUGAAAACUAUCCACUCAUUAAACAAGAAAUUGAAAAGCAAUUCGGUUCCGUUGAUGCUUUCAAACAACAAUUCACUGAAAAGGCUACCACUUUGUUCGGUUCUGGUUGGACUUGGUUAGUUUUGGAUGGUACUUCAUUGAGAAUUUGGAAUGGUUCUAAUGCUCAAACUCCAAUUGCUGAAAAUUUAAUUCCAUUGCUCACUUGUGAUGUUUGGGAACAUGCUUAUUAUUUGGAUCAUCAAAAUAGAAGACCAGAUUAUUUGAAGACUUUCUGGGAAGCAGUUAACUGGGGAUUCGUCAACAAGUCACUCCAAUUUGCUGUUGAACAAUCUAGUAUUAAAUUGUAAUUUAAUUACUAUUACUACACUAUAUAGUAAAUAAUAAUAUAAAAAGGAUUUAAUUUAUUAAGCCUAACUUGUUUGAAUUUUUACUACAUUCUUCCACUGAUCAAUUGAAUGGUUAGUCAAUUAAUUCCGAAAUAAUAAUCAAAGCUCAUAAUAAUAUUCCUAAAUCAAUUAUUCAGUAAUCAAAAGAAUAAAUUUAUAU